GCGGAUCUGGAAGGGGGCAGGUAGACAGGAAGGCAGCCUGGAAGAGCGAGGCACACGGGUCAGCCGGAGCUCUGCGGUGGCCGCCGGAGGGGAGGGGGCCGCGGGGAGGGGCGAAGGAAAGAGCCCGGGGAAAGGUAUAGCCGAGGGGAGUUCCGGAUCUGGAGCUGGAAAGGGCAGGCAGCGGAGAGGGCGGCAGCGGUAGCGGUAGGGGUGGGGGAAAGAGGAGGAGGAGGAGGAGGAGAGCCGGAGGAGGGGGAAGGAGGGAGGGGAGAGCGGUGGCGGCGGCUGCGCCGGGCUGUGAGUCUCUCGCCGCCGGAGGAAGAUGAGGCUGAAGAUUGGGUUCAUCUUACGCAGUUUGCUGGUGGUGGGAAGCUUCCUGGGGCUAGUGGUCCUCUGGUCUUCCCUGACCCCGCGGCCGGACGACCCAAGCCCGCUGAGCAGGAUGAGGGAAGACAGAGAUGUCAAUGACCCCAUGCCCAACCGAGGCGGCAAUGGACUAGCUCCUGGGGAGGACAGAUUCAAACCUGUGGUACCAUGGCCUCAUGUUGAAGGAGUAGAAGUGGACUUAGAGUCUAUUAGAAGAAAAAACAAGGCCAAAAAUGAACAAGAGCACCAUGCUGGAGGAGAUUCCCAGAAAGAUAUCAUGCAGAGGCAGUAUCUCACAUUUAAGCCUCAGACAUUCACCUACCGUGAUCCUGUGCUUCGCCCAGGGAUCCUCGGUAACUUUGAACCCAAAGAACCUGAGCCUCCUGGAGUGGUUGGUGGCCCUGGAGAGAAAGCCAAGCCAUUGGUUUUGGGACCAGAAUUCAAACAUGCAAUUCAAGCCAGCAUUAAAGAGUUUGGAUUUAACAUGGUGGCAAGUGACAUGAUCUCACUGGACCGCAGCGUCAAUGACUUACGCCAAGAAGAAUGCAAGUAUUGGCAUUAUGAUGAAAACUUGCUCACUUCAAGCGUUGUCAUUGUCUUCCAUAAUGAAGGAUGGUCAACCCUCAUGAGAACAGUCCACAGUGUAAUUAAAAGGACUCCAAGGAAAUAUUUAGCAGAAAUUGUGUUAAUUGAUGAUUUCAGUAAUAAAGAGCACUUAAAAGAAAAACUGGAUGAAUAUAUUAAGCUGUGGAAUGGCCUAGUGAAGGUAUUUCGAAAUGAAAGAAGGGAAGGUUUAAUUCAAGCACGAAGUAUUGGUGCUCAGAAGGCUAAACUUGGACAGGUUUUGAUAUACCUUGAUGCCCACUGUGAGGUGGCAGUUAACUGGUAUGCACCACUUGUAGCUCCCAUAUCUAAGGACAGAACUACAUGUACUGUGCCUCUAAUAGAUUACAUAGAUGGGAAUGAUUAUUCCAUUGAACCACAGCAAGGUGGGGAUGAAGAUGGUUUUGCCAGAGGGGCCUGGGACUGGAGUUUACUAUGGAAACGUAUUCCUCUAAGCCACAAGGAAAAGGCCAAAAGAAAACAUAAAACUGAACCUUAUCGGUCCCCAGCCAUGGCUGGGGGAUUAUUUGCCAUUGAACGAGAGUUCUUCUUUGAAUUGGGUCUCUAUGAUCCAGGUCUCCAGAUUUGGGGUGGUGAAAAUUUUGAGAUCUCAUACAAGAUAUGGCAGUGUGGUGGCAAAUUAUUAUUUGUUCCUUGUUCUCGUGUUGGACAUAUUUAUCGUCUUGAGGGCUGGCAAGGAAAUCCUCCGCCCAUUUAUGUUGGGUCUUCUCCAACUCUGAAGAAUUAUGUUAGAGUUGUGGAGGUUUGGUGGGAUGAAUAUAAAGACUACUUCUAUGCUAGUCGUCCUGAAUCACAGGCAUUACCAUAUGGGGAUAUAUCGGAGCUGAAAAAAUUUCGAGAAGAUCACAACUGCAAAAGUUUUAAGUGGUUCAUGGAAGAAAUAGCUUAUGAUAUCACCUCACACUACCCUUUGCCACCCAAAAAUGUUGACUGGGGAGAAAUCAGAGGCUUUGAAACUGCUUACUGCAUUGAUAGCAUGGGAAAAACAAAUGGAGGCUUUGUUGAACUAGGACCCUGCCACAGGAUGGGAGGGAAUCAGCUUUUCAGAAUCAACGAAGCAAAUCAACUCAUGCAGUAUGACCAGUGUUUGACCAAGGGGGCUGAUGGAUCAAAAGUUAUGAUUACACAUUGUAAUCUAAAUGAAUUUAAGGAAUGGCAGUACUUCAAGAACCUGCACAGAUUUACUCAUAUUCCUUCAGGAAAGUGCUUAGAUCGCUCAGAGGUCCUGCAUCAAGUAUUCAUCUCCAAUUGUGACUCCAGUAAAACGACUCAAAAAUGGGAAAUGAAUAACAUCCAUAGUGUUUAGAGAGAAUAAAAGAAACCAAUAACCUACCUACUGACAAGUAAAUUUAUACAGGACUGAAAACCGCCUGAAACCUGCUGCAACUAUUGUUAUUAACUCUGUACAGCUCCAAACCUGGAACCUCCUGAUCAGUUUGAAGGACAUUGAUAAACUGUGAUUUUACAAUAACAUUAUCAUCUGCAGUUACUGUUUACAAGACUGCUUUUACCUUAAACUUUGUAGAUGUUUACAUCUUUUUGUUUUGUUUUAAGAUGAUGUUGGUAAUUUGUGCCUUUAGCUCUGUUUUAUUAGACAGAGUUAAAGCAUGUUGUCUUCUUUGGGAUUACACUCAGGGGUCUGAAAGGCAGUUUGAUUUUUACUUUUAACACACUUGAAAAAAGGUUGGAGUAGCCAGACUUUCAUAUAUAACUUGGUGAUUAUCAACCUGUUGUGUCUUUAUUUAAUUUUACAUCUUUUUGAAGCACUGCCACAGGUUAUUAGCCAAGGUGGCCUUCCUUCACAGUCAUGCUGCUUUUUUGAAAGGUGAAUUUCAACACAUUUAGUGCCUCUUUCAUUUCUCAGUAUAUAUUUCAAGAGCUUGUGAUGAAAUUUAUAGAAUGGUAAUGAUGGACUUGUCACCUGUAUGGGGAAUACUUUUACUACUCAGAAAUGAAUUUAUGUGCUGCCAUUUGCUAUAAAGUUGAAUGUUGUAUGGCUUGAAAAAGAAAUGACAAUAUGGAACAUCCCAAGGCUAUCCCAUAGGGUUGGAAGUUGUAUAGUAUUCACUCCCUUACCUACUGGCAUUCCCAGUGCCCUCUGUCCAUACCUACUUCUAGGAUUGCAAAGGAGUCUUCCAACUAGAGAAAAAUUGUCCACUGACAUUUGGGAUUUACUUUUCUCUGUCACCCUCCCUUUUCUCUAAUACCUGUCACUAUAGAGAACUAUUAUCAGUUGUUAUUGUUAUCCCUUGAAAGGGAGGGUGACAACAACAAAAAAACACUGCUAUAAACACGUCAAAGGUUCAUUCUGACUGAGGUAAGACUUUCCAAGCCCUUGUUAGAUUAGGCCUUAUAAAACUUGUGUGCAUUAUAACCUAAGCUGUGCAACCUGUGAAGCCAAGAGUGAAUUGAUGUUUCAUUUAUAUUUUCAUCCAAAUGACAUUAUCUGCAUGUUUUUAAAAUUUAAAAACAAAGGACUAUUUACAAAUACAGUUUAUUAACAAAUGUGAACUACUUUCUGUUAGAUUAGGUGUUCCCUAGUGUUUCUUAAUUUCUUUUUAGGAAGUGUAUUUUUAUUAAUGUUUUUCCAGUGAACAGAAGAUUUAUUUGGAUUUAAAUAUUUACUAAGGCAGUCCCUUUUACGAAAACCAAAUAUUGCAAAUGGUCAAUUCGAUUUUAAUUUCUCAAAAGACACUCUGUUGUUACCCAAAAGAUUAAAAUGCCUACAUUGAGUGCUUUAAAAAAAAAAACAAACAAAAAAACUGUGAUGAUGUGAGCAGAAUGGCAAGUAAGUUAAGCAUUUUUGAUCCUGUAAUCAUAGUAUCAUUACAAUGAAAGGAAUUCACAAACUACUGCCAGAGGAAGUUUGUUUUUUAAUUUAAGAGGGAAAUAUAACCUAUGAAUUUGUUUCUUCCAAGCUUAGCUCUUAAAUUUGGAGAGUCAAAGUUAAACAUCCUCAACAGUUUUAUUUAUAAUUUUGAAUUGUCAAUUUGUAUUUUGCUACUGAUCUGUGAUCAGCCAUUUUAACUUUCAUCUCUAGGGAUGUUUAACAUUUAUAAUUGCAAAAUAAAUCAACUAUUAAAAAAACUUUAAGAGAGAAUUGGUACUUUAAUUACUUGUGUGUUUGCAAAUAGGCUCCAUUUUCCAUGUUGAGUAGAUUAUAACCUUAUUAACUAUGCAUAGGCCUAAGAAAGGUGGCAAUGAACUGUGCAUGUAAAUUUUAAAUGGGUACUUUGUGCAAUUCGUUAAAAGAAGAUACUCUAUGAAUACGAUUCUAUAUAUUGAAAUCAGAAAACUUACCAAACAAAAACAUCAGAAGCUGCUGCCAUAAUGACUAUUUUCUACUGUAGGCUGCUUUGGAAAUAAUUCCCAUUUCCUUGCUUUGUAAGUUGAUAAUAUCACUAUGCAUUUCUACACAUUUUAUAAAUUUGAUUUAUGCAGAUUUUGAUACACUGUAUGUUUCUGUAGAAAUUGUAUAAAUAUUCAAAAUUUUAUUAGGGUAAAUUUGAGAAACUUAUGUAUAUCUUAAUUCUGGGUUGCUUGUUUUUUAGGUGACAAAAAAUAAAAUAUUGUAUUUUAAUUCA